AUGGCAAGCAUGACCACUGAGGAACUUAACUGCGUGAUCUUCGUACAGGAUACAGAGGGACAUCCCCGUCAGCUGGACGACGACGAUAACGUCGCCCCGCUGAAGAUAGAUCAGCGCGAUCCUCCCUCCUCAUACGCUGAUGGGCCGUUUUCUCCUCUGAGCCCCACGUCGCCUUAUGGAUAUCCUGUCAGUGAGGAACAGUUCCGUUAUACCCUGGGGGGCGGGGAAAAUAUACCCUUUUCACGUUCCAGGCGAUCCUCAGAAACAGCUCUUCCUGCACCCUUCCCUCCUUCGUACACCAGAGAUCGGUCCGCGUCUGUUCACGGCCAUCGCAGACAUGUCAGCUCUCCUAACAGCCCACUUGCUGUCAGCGGGAGCGGUCCUUUAUACAACGACUUCCUUUCUGCACCCCCACUUCACCAAAGACAGUCGCAACCUUCCUUACAAGUGAUCACCGACAUACCAUUUGGUUUUCACACCCCCCCUCCAUGCUCUGCAUCUCCUGGAUUAACCCCCGCAAGCUCUGUCUCUUCACCAUUCGAGUCUCCCGAAGAGUUUCGUCCCCAAUCUUCCGGUGGUUAUUCCGAUCACAGCGAUUUCGCACCGCCACACAAGUCCAAUGGUGUCGACGAUCCUUAUCAGUCCUCAACCUCUCUUCUAUUACAAUCGGAUCCUCCGCGCGGGCGCACAUUAUGGCGAUUUGAUGAUGACUAUCUAACGCCUGGACCCGAUUCACGCUCCCUAAGUUUGGUUAGUAUGCCAAACAUAAACAUCGACAGUGACUUCUUCGGUCUGAGGUCUCCAAGUGUGGCUCCUAGUACGCACUCGGAUGGCGGACUCGAUUUGGCGAGCCUUGAGCUUAACCCUGGCGUAGGUACUUCGGACAUCUUUGGUGACAUCCCAGAGCAGCAGUCUAGUCAUUCUGUAACAGAUACCUCACUACCCCCAACGCCGUAUCGAGAGCAGGUUGCGUCUGACGCUGUGGCACGGGCCAGUCAAAGUCGUCGGACUAACGCAGCGAAUUAUGUUUCCAAACAUAACCUUCGAAGUAAUUCCUCAUCCGUUUUUGUUUGGUUCCUCCGCUAA